UGUUGAAAUCGCAGUUGCACUUUUUCUUAAACAUGGCCUCCUUUAAAGUAUCUCAUACAGGUUAAAUAUCUUUUAAAAUUCCCACUUCCGGGACUGCCGUCUGUAGUGAACCACGUGUUAAGAGAGACUGACCGUCCUCGGCCAUCGUCAUGUGGUUUUUACUCUGUCUUCGACACACAGAUUUUCUGUAAUUUCUCCAUCAGCAGGCGACCAUGGCAAAAAAUAAACAGAAAGGUCAGAAACAGAAGAAUGUGUUUCAAGUCGCCAACAAGAUGAAGAUCGCGAAGAAUAAAAACAAAGCGAAACCGGUGACGACGCACCUCAAGCGUAUCAGUGCUGUUAAAAACGAAAAAGUCGACAGCUUGAAUAAAACUUUCACAGCCAUUCAAAGGGAGGUGAAAAGUGUGUCCAGAUGCACAGCGCCAAAGGAAGUCAGAAAAACACCGCAGGUUGCCAGGGAACCAGCGAGGGAACCGGUGAAUGUGGACAAUGCAGCCCAGCUGUUGUCCCAGCUGUAGCAGAGGGUGGGAACGUCCGGAGGAGGAAUGCCGGAGAAGAGAUCCGCCGUGCCGUUCUCGCCGCACACGCACAAAGUGUGACGUUCGCCACCUCGGUGCGUGCGAAGCGGAGCCGACCUGGUUUAUUUCAAGAUGUCUGCAAGGCAGCCCGUUUGGGGAAGAACGGUGGACAGAAACUGAAAAGUGCUGUUGGUUCAUUGAUACAAAUGGAAGGAACGCCUGGUCCCCUGCAGCGGCGUCACUCUGCACCUCACCCAGAACCUUGUGUUGUAAACAAUCUGCAGCAGUUGCUUCAUUCAUAGGAACAUCUGUUCUCCUACAGCAAGUAUUCAUAUAGUUUUGGCAACGUGUGUCAGUACAAUGUCAAAUACUGCAGUAAAUUGCCUAGGGGGAAAUUGUUUUUCUGCUGUCGAAA